AGAUUUUUAGUACAUGAGAUUUUUCUUGAUUAGGUGAUAUAAUUCAUUAUCUAAUGGAAAAGAUAAAUAAUCAGAUACAUGUUGGAAAAAUGAAUAAAUACAAUGAAAGUUUCUGAUUAGUUCAUUGAAUCGUUGGAUUGUCGACUAAUUGUAUUGAAAUUGCUAAUCACAAGUGAAUCAAACUCAUUAAAUAUGAAAUUUGUUCUGAUCAGUGUUUUUACUUUGACCAUUGUUACCGCAACAUUGGCUACUGACAUUUCACCAGGUAAAUGUCCAAAGACUAAACCUUUACAAGUGCCUUUGUAUAGACCAUUUGAUAUCAACAAGUUCCUUGGUACCUGGUAUGAAAUCGCUCGAACCGAUGUGGUCUUUGAAAAAGGACUACGAUGUGUCCAAACUAAUUAUAAACUUGACGAGUCAACUGGCAAUGUAAUUGUUAACAAUAGUGGAGUCAAUUAUCAAGGUGAAUUGGUUUCCAGUGUUGGUAUGGGAAAACUAACCGACAAGGACAAUGUUUUAGCUGUUAAAUUUUUUCCACUUUCUCCAUCAGCUCAAUAUUGGGUCGUAGAUACUGAUUACAAAAACUAUGCUUUAAUUGUCUCAUGUAAUGCGGCUUAUGAUUUCUUCCAUUUCAGUGAUGCUUGGAUUCUCUCUCGACAACCAAGUUUAUUUCCUCUUACAAUUAACACUCUUGAAGAUGGUUUAAAGUCGAUCGGCUUUCCUAAGCUCAGCAACCAAUUUACACAAAGAAGACAAAACUGUCCAUCUCCCUGAAUAACGAAAAUGACCUCGUUUGUUGAACUUUCUCACUAGUGAUAGUAAUCAAAUAAACAUUUAAUAUUUAAUAUUGCAAAUCUAUUUUCUGUCAUUUUUUAAUCAAAACACCUUAAAAUAAUCUCUCUUUCUUUUUGCAAACAAUUUAUGAUAGAGAGAGAGAGAGAGAGAGAGAGAGAGAGAGAGAGAGAGAGAGAGAGAGAGAGAGAGAGAGAGAGAGAGAGAGAGAGAGAGAGAGAGAGAGAGAGAGAGAGAGAGAGAGAACAGGUGAACUACGUGAAAACAAGUUGUUGUAGUUAACAGAAGCUGUUGUUAGAAUGAUGGUGUUGGUAGUGAUAGUGGUUUUGGUGGGAUGAGUGAUGGUGACGGUGGAAAGAUGUUGAUUAGUAUUUAAGAGGAAAGGGAAAGCUAAAAAAGUAAGAGAAGAGAAAUGGAAAAAGCAAUAAGAAAAAAACGUUAGAAACUAAUCAUGAUCAUCAUCUCUCUCUCGUACGUCGGCUAAAAUAGACGGGAUGAGGCGCCCGUAACGUCACUGUGACCCCCCUGGUGGGAGUUCCCCGAAACCAAUAUAAUCUCUCUCUCUCUCUUGUUAGCCGAAUGGUUAGUAGACUUGCCUACUUAAGUGUAAGCUAUUUGAAUGGGUUAGCACCCAGGAGAGUGACCACUUGAUGUUUGAUAUCAGCUCUAAUGUUGUAAAGAGCUUUCUCUUUCCUUUCUCUUCCACUCUAUCCUCUGUCUUUCUUCUUUCCCCUACCGUCUCACUACGAAGUUUGUAAUCAGAUACACAAUUGUAAAUCUGCACAUCAACGGAUAUCUCCUCCCCCCCACCACAAAAAGCAAAAAUAAAAUCUCUCUCUCUCUCUCUCUCUCUCUCUCUCUCUCUCUCUCUGGCGCAGAGGGUUGAAGCCACUGUCCUCGUUAAUCGAGGUUGUAGGUUCGAGACCCGGUGAUGCAUUAGUCGAUAAUGACCCAAUGAGAAAGAAAGGGCAGUACCCGUCAGCUGAAAUGACUCCUGCGAGGGAGUCAGCCUCCCUAGGUAGUGAUACCUAGAAGGGGUAAGACGGGGGGAGAAUCAGCUCUGGGGGGAGUUAGUGACAUACCCGAGCCAUUUACUUGUAAAAAUGAAAGAUUGAGUAACAAUUAAAAAGAAAAAAUAGUACCGUCAUAGACGACUAGUAAGGUUCGCCGGCAAAAGCGCAAGACAGCGCGGUCCGGUACCACUAGCCAACGUUGAGCAGUGCGGCACCACUCAGCGAACAGCCGUGUGGUGGAAUGUCCGGAAACAUAUACCUAAUCUCUCUCUCUCACUCACUGAUCGUAAUUAGUAUUUAACAAACAACUAGAUGAAUAAAACGAUUGAUACAUUGAUGAAAAAAACUCUAAUGUUUUGUUAAUUUUUAAUUACAGAUUGAUAAACAAAUAGAAACACAUCAUCAUCGACUGCAUCCUCAUCAUAAUUACCUUCAUCAUCUCAAUUAUCUGCAUCAUAACAAAUGAAAUGAAUUUAAAUUAUUCAAAUUAUGGAAACAACUUGAUUGCAAUUAAAUGAAUUCUCAACAGGAUCCAUAUUAUCAAUACCCGAGAAUAGAUGAUGAGUUAAUAGAGAGAUAGAAAGAAAGAAGAGAGAGAGAGAUUAUUUUAGUCGAUGAAAUAUAAACAAAUAUGGACAAUGGAAAAUGGAAAAUGAACAACCAGUUGAAACUUCGAUUGAGAAUUUAAGUUGAGUUAAUAAUCGAGUAAGAAGAGAAAAAAAAAUGUUAAUGAUAAUAAUAAUUAGAAAGAACAUAAAAAGUGAAUAUCAUUGAUGAUGCUCGUUGACGCAGUUACGAACUAAAGUUUCUAAGUUUAGAUCGAGUUCAGGUUUUUUUUUUAUUUUCUCUCUUUUCAGAAACUCUCCUGUUGUUCAACAAUUUAAUAUUUACUUUCCCUUUCAAUCGUUAACUUCACUUUCAUCAUUCUAAUCAUUUCGAUUUCAAUUAAAAAAUGAGAUUAGCAAAACUA